AUGGCAUCCGGCAUGGCGCAAAACGUACCGGCCGCCCCCAACGAUGCGGGAGCGCGCAAGUACGGAGCGUACCAGAACGAGAUAUACGGAAAGGGCAUGCUGCACAACAUCUUUCCCGCCGUGACGACGGACCCGAACAAGCUCGAGGCGCAGGCGGAGCGCGACAUGAACGCGCGCAGCUACCGGUACAUCGCGGGCGGCGCGGGCGAGCGCGCGACCAUGGACGCGAACCGCGCGGCCUUCAGGACGUGGAAGGCAAGUCUAUCUCCGCUCCACCUCUCCCAUGCUUGA